AUGUUUUCAGCGGCACGACAGACUGCCCUGCGGCAAGCUCGCUCAUCAUGCAUGCGCCCUAGAGUUACUGCCCCAUUGUCUCGCGAUGUCGCCAUCGCCCGCCUGCUCUCGACUCUGGCCGUCCUGGAACAAAAUGAUGGAAAGCUGAACAUGUCAUCGCUCGCCGCCGUCUCGGCUGCCAUGAAGCUCGGUGGCUCCGUGACUGGUUUCGUCGCCGGGUCAAACAUCAAGGCUGUCGCCGACGAGGCCGCAAAGGUCGAAGGUCUCGAGAAGAUCAUCUACGUCGACAACGCCGCCUACGACAGAGGUCUUCCCGAGAACUUUGCUCCCCUCCUUGUCGAGAACAUCAAGAAGGGAGACUUCACCCAUGUCUUCGCCGGCCACUCUGCCUUUGGCAAGAACCUGAUGCCCCGUGUCGCCGCCAUGCUUGACGUCCAGCAAAUCUCGGACAUUACAGACAUCGAGUCCGAAGACACCUUCGUCCGCCCCAUCUAUGCCGGUAACGCCAUUCUCACCGUUCAGACCUCCGAUAGCCCCAAGAUUGUCACCAUCCGUGGUACCGCUUUUCCUUCAGGCGCCGCACAGGGUGGUAGCGCUUCCGUCGAGGAAGGUGUCGACCCCAAGGUCGAAUCACUCACUGAGUGGAUCAGCGAGGACCUCGCUACCUCGGAUCGUCCCGAUCUCGCCACUGCCGAGAAGGUCGUCUCUGGUGGUCGUGGUCUCAAGUCAAAGGAAGAGUUUGAUCGCAUCAUGCCUCCGCUUGCCGAUGCCCUCGGUGCCGCCAUUGGUGCUUCGCGUGCUGCCGUCGACAGUGGUUUCGCAGACAACAGCUUGCAAGUCGGUCAGACUGGCAAGAACGUCGCUCCUCAACUCUACCUUUGCGCCGGUAUUAGUGGUGCCAUCCAGCAUCUCGCUGGUAUGAAGGACAGCAAGGUCAUCGCUGCCAUCAACAAGGACGCCGAUGCCCCCAUCUUCCAGAUCGCUGACGUCGGUCUCGUCGGUGACCUCUUCGACAAGGUCCCCGAGCUGACUGAGAAGCUCAAGGCAUAA